AUGUCGACCCCCAGCAACACUCGUGGCACGGCGACUGCUGGUAGCGGUGGAUUAGAUGGGAGCGGGAUGGCCGUCGGAUUCGUUGGUCUGGGCGCGAUGGGUGGUGGCAUGGCGGCAGCUCUGGUGAAGCGAGGCUUUGCUGUGAAAGGAUUCGACGUGUACCCUCCAGCAUGUGAGAAGCUCAAAUCCACAGGGGGUGCUGCUGCUGCCUCCGCUGCCGAUGCUGCAAACGGAGCUGGGGUGCUGGUGCUGAUGGUGACCACGGGCAAGCAGGCUGAGGGGGCUCUAUUUGGUGAUCAGGGGGCGCUGGAGGCACUUCCCCCCAGUGCUGUUGUCAUCCUCUGCUCCACUGUUCCGCCUGAAUUUGCACGCAGCCUUGGCAGCAAGCUCUCAGCGCAGGGCAAGGGGUGGGAGAUGGUGGAUGCACCGGUGUCAGGAGGGGUGGCACGCGCUGCUGACGGUACCCUCACUAUAAUGGCCGCAGCUACUCCUGCUGCUAUCGCCAAGGCACGGCCAGUGCUGGAAGCCAUGAGUGCGAAGCUGUACAUAGUGGGUGACACACCAGGAGCAGGCAGUGCGGUGAAGAUGGUGAAUCAGCUGCUGGCAGGGGUGCACAUAGCGGCAGCAGCGGAGGCAAUGGCAUUGGGGGCGAGGGCAGGACUCAACGCGCGCAUGGUGUUUGACAUCAUCUCACACGCUGCUGGCAACUCAUGGAUGUUUGAGAACCGAGUGCCACACAUGCUGGACAAUGACUACACGCCCCGCUCCGCCCUCAACAUCUUUGUCAAGGACCUGGGCAUUGUGUUGGGCGAGGCACAGUCACUCGCGUUCCCACUGCCCCUGGCAGCAGCAGCACACCAGCAGUUCCUAGCGGGUGCAGCAGCGGGGCUGGGCAGGGAGGACGACGCUGCCGUGGUCAAGGUGUAUGAACGCCUGGCGGGAGUAACAGUCGCCUCCACCCUCCCCGCCUCCUCCUCCCCUCCUGCCACCUCCUCUGCUCCGUUCCCGGAGCCCACCGUCCAAUCAAAAGCCGCCAUGCUGGCAGCGCUGCCGCCCGAGUGGACAGGCAGCUUGGAAGUGACAGGUGGAGGCGGAGAGGGCAAAGGGGGCAAGGAGGGGAGCGCGGGGGGAGGGCAGGGAGAGGCGGUGCUGCCAGUGGUGGUGAUACUGGAUGAUGAUCCCACGGGCACCCAGACCGUGCAUGGGCUGCACGUGCUCACCACGUGGGACGUAGAGACACUCCAGGCAGAGAUGGCAGCACUAGCACACACCCCCAAUGCCGCCUUCUUCAUUCUCACCAACUCCCGCGCGUUACCUACACAGCAGGCAGCAGCUCUCACGCGCACCAUCUGCAGCAAUGUCGUGACAGCAGCCCAGCAAGCAGGGAUCCUCAGCAGUGGUAGCAAGGACCCAGGGUGCAGAGGCAUCACACUCAUUCUCCGAGGGGACUCCACCCUGCGAGGCCACUUCCCCCAGGAGGUAGAGGCAGCGGAGGCAGCACUAGGCACAGCAGUGGACGCGUGGGUGGUGUGUCCUUUCUUCCUGGAAGGAGGCCGCUACACCAUCAACGAUGUGCACUACGUGGCCGAUGGGGCUGACAGGCUAGUGCCUGCGGCACAGACAGAGUUUGCAAAGGAUGCGGCCUUUGGGUACUCCCACUCCAACCUCAAACAGUGGGUGGAAGAGAAGACAGGUGGCGCCAGGUCAGCAGCUGACGUGGCAUCCAUCUCCAUCUCGACCAUCAGAGAGGGCGGCUGCUCCGCCGUCCUUAAAGCCCUCAUGGCUCUGCCUAAGGGCAGUGUGUGCAUUCUGAAUGCAGCGAGUGACAGUGACCUGCACGUGGCAACAGCGGCUCUAAGAUACGCAGAGGCAGAAGGGCGCUCCUUCCUCGUGCGCUCUGCUGCUUCCUUCGUCUCCUCCCUCCUCGCCCUCCCCAAACUGCCCCCGCUUGGUCCCCCUGAGUGGGCGCAGCUGCUGCUGGGGGGAGGGGCGGGGGGAGAGUGUGGGGGGGAUGGGGAGACGGGAGGGGAGGGGGAGUGGGGGCGGAAGUUGAAGCGGUGGAAAUGGCUGCGGAGCGGUACCGGGGGGUUGAUUGUGGUGGGGUCGUACGUGCCAAAGACGAGUGCUCAGCUGGAGGAGUUGCUCUCCCGCCUGGGCUCGUCACUGCAUGUGAUCCAGGUCAGCGCUGCUGACGUGGCGUCGGUCAGCUGGCAGGGGGAGAGGAGGGAAGUGGCGGUGGCAGGGAUGGCGGAGGAGGCGGAGAUAGCACUGCGGGAGGGGCGGGAUGUUGUCAUCAUGACGUCACGAGAGCUAAUCACUGGGUCAGACCCAGCCAGCAGUCUGGAGAUCGGGUGGAGAGUGAGCGAGGCGGUGGUGGAAGUUGUGAGGGCGAUUGGCGUGCGCCCCAAAUACAUUCUCGCUAAGGGCGGCAUCACAUCAUCGGACGUGGCAACCAAGGCGUUGGGAGUGGGGAGGGCGAGGGUGGAGGGGCAGGCCAUGGCAGGCGUGCCGCUGUGGCGCCUCGAUACUGCCUCCAGAUUCCCUGACCUGCCCUACAUCGUCUUCCCAGGCAAUGUGGGAUCGGCCUCUUCUCUUGCGGAUGUGGUGCAGCGCUGGCGCCAGCCCAUCACCCCGCCCCUGCUGACCACACUAGACCUAGUGCGCACAGCAGCAGACGGCGGGUAUGCGGUGGGGGCGUUCAACGUGUAUAACCUGGAGGGGGUGCGGGCCGUGGUGAAGGGAGCAGAGGAGGAGAGGAGCCCAGCGAUUAUUCAGCUGCACCCCUCGGCCAUCCGUCAUGGGGGAGAGGCCCUCAUGGCAGCGAGCCGAGCAGCAGCUAUGGCAGCAUGCGUGCCCAUCGCCUUGCACCUGGACCAUGCCACAGACGUGGGCCUUAUUCAGCGAUGUGUGGAACAGGGAUGGUGCCGCUCCAUCAUGGCAGACGGCUCACACCUGCCCCUGGCAGACAACAUCGCCUUCACUCAACGCGUUGUCGCCGCACUCGCUCCCCUCACCGUUCCAGCAGCAGCAGAUGCUCCAGCGGCAGCGAAAGCGGCAUGCAGCGGGGGAGGGGCAGUGGUGGUGGAGGCGGAGGUGGGGCGGAUAGCUGGGGUGGAGGAUGGGGAGACGGUGGAGGACAUUGCAGGGAGACUCACACAGGUUGAGCAGGCCGAGACUUUCCUUCAAAGCGUUCCCCAGGUGUCUCUCCUCGCUGUGUGUGUGGGCAACCGGCACGGACCAUACCCGCCCUCCGCGCUCUCUUCCCCCGCCUCCAUCCUCAACCUCCCUCUCCUCCGCUCCCUCGCCGUCCCCGCCUCAAACCACCACGCACACCUGGUGCUGCACGGGGCCUCGGGAUUGCCGCCAGAGAUUGUGCAGGAGUGUGUACAGUGCGGCGUGCGCAAGUUCAAUGUUAAUACCGAGUUGAGGGCUGCUUAUAUGGAGGCACUGGCGGGGACUGGGGGAGGGGGGGGAGGAGGGAGGGAUUUGGUGGAUGUGAUGGGAGAGGCGGAGAGGAGGAUGAUAGAUGUGGUGAGGGGGAAGGUGAGGCUGUUUGGGUCGGCUGGUCGCGUGUGA